AUGAAGGCAUAUGAAGGCCAUGGGGUAAAGGUCUUCAAUACUCCUGGGGUCAAUGCUACGGCUGUGGCUAAGAUAGCGGUAUACCUCGCAUUAAGCGUCUCUCGGGACGUCCCUAACAUCGUCAUUCGACAGAAGCAAGAGGGGGAAUCGUGGACGAGGGCGUUGGAGGAGCGUAUCAUCGCUAGCGCUGGCUUUGACUGCCACGAGGAAGAGCCGCCGCCAAAGGACCGUUAUGAGCGUCUUUGGGCUUGCCCAGGUUCUAUUGGGACUCCCCACAUCGCGGCUGCAACAGAGGCGACCCAGGUUGCCACUACAAACGGUGCGACUGAUCAGGUAUAUGCAUACUUAAAAAACGAAGCACUAAGUGUCAAGGUCUAG